AUGAAGUUGUUACUGGCCGCUUGUGUGUUGGUGCUGCUGAUGGGGUGUGCGGCCAAGGAGUCAGAAGUGCGCACCGUGAGAGUGGAGGUGCCGGUACUGGUGCCCUGCAAUACGAAAGUAGUGGCGGCUCCGCCUUGGGCCACCACUGCCUUGAAGAAGACUGACGGUCUGGAGCUGAAAGUGCGCGCGUUGCUGGCAGAGCGUCGACAACGGAUCGCUUACGAAGCAGAGCUUGUUGCUAUGGUCGGCUCGUGCCGA